AUGUCUCAUCACAUGAACGCUAUCUUGAUUACCAAUGUUGACUCUCUUCUUGGCUAUGCUCUGGCCUACCGUUUCCUCGAGGAAUGGAACCGACGCAGUAGUGUCAAUGAAGAAUUCCGAGAAAAGACUGAAUUCCGUUUACUAUGCCGUGAACGUCAAGGCAUGGAAGAAUUGGAGCGUAUGGGUGCUAAAGUGAUGGAAAUUCCCAACUAUAACGAUCCCGACAUCCUUAAAGCAGCCUUACGUGGCGUCUCCUACAUGAUGCUCUUGCCAGAAAACGACUCAAUGGCGUAUAUGGCCGGUAAAAUGAUGAUGGAACAAGCCAAAAAGGAGAAAGUGGAUUACGUUGCUUUGUUUUCUUAUCAAGGCAUUGAUCACGUUGAAAAGCACAAGCAUCAUUAUUCAAGCCUUUAUCCUUUCUAUCAGCUCGAGCAAGAAUUACGAAGCGUCUUUGGCAAGGACAACUGUUGUAUUUUCCGUUCCGGCAUGUGGCAUCAAUUUUUCUACUAUUUUGGCCCCAUGAUCUCUGAUAAAAAUAAGGUGCAACUUCCUAUCCGCAAAGACUGCCGAUGGACCUCCAUUGAUCUAGGUGAUUUGGUGGAUGCUGUUUAUAACUUGUCGGUUGGUGAAAAAGGCUCUGAACAACGACGUCAAGCCGGAAACCAUGCAAAUCUUGCUCAAUCCAUCGUUGCUAACUUGCGAAAGAAAAAUCAACUAUUAUUUUGCUUCACGGGUGAAGAAACAAUAUCACCUCAUCAACUGACUCGAUCCAUGGAAAAGAGUCUACAAUUGGGGCACCCCUUAAAGUUUGAAGAAAUCGAUGCUGCUACCUUGCAAAAGUACCUUAAAGAAAUUCAUAACGAUAAUCGCUUCAGAGCUAGACCCGGAAUGUCAGAUAAAGAGUUCCUGCAACUCUUUGUCGAUGAAGCAGAGCAACAGCAACGUAGCAGCCAAGUCGGUGCUAGUAUCAGCGAUAGUGAAUCUAGAUCGUCUCAUCAAAGUCACUAUACUUUCCCUCUGGGUCGUUACUUGAAUGAUAAUGUCAUUUAUGGAUUGCUAGAAUUUUGGCGUCUGGCUGAUGCUGGGCACACCGAAGAAACGACCUCAGAUUUGCAAAAGGCUCUGGGACGUCAUCCUCGCCAUUUGGAAGAUUUCUUUGAACAUAAUCGUGACCAGUUCCGUCGUCUCCGUUGA